AUGACCAGAGACGAAAAGUCAGACUUUGCCAAGGGCGACGACAUACCUGGUACUGACCAAAGCUCCAGGUCAAGUCAAACCCAAGAUCAACCCGCAGGUGUAUUACCAGAGCAGCAGAAGGAUUUGGAACAACAACCUCCUCCUGCUCCUGGCCCUCCUGCGAUUGCACCUCCUCCCAAUGGCGGCCGUGUUGCGUGGACGCAAGUCCUCUGCGGCUUCUGCCUGUUCUUCAAUACGUUUGGUAUACUCACCAGCUUUGGUGUCUUCCAAACCUACUAUGAGUCCACGUCGUCUCCCUUCCGUCGUGCCACUUCAGAUAUCUCCUGGAUCGGAUCGCUCCAGGUAUUUCUCCUGCAGUUCAGCGGCAUCAUCGUCGGCCCCAUCUUUGACAAGGGCUACAUCCGCUUGCUGCUUGGCCUUGGCGGCUUUCUCAUCGUGUUUGGGCACAUGAUGCUCAGUAUCGCGAGCGCCUACUGGCAGAUUUUGCUUGCCCAGGGUUUCUGCGUCGGUAUCGGCAUGGGCUGCUUGUUUGUCCCUUCCAUCUCCCUUCUGCCGUCGUACUUUUCCACACGGCUGGGUUUGGCGAUUGGCCUCGCAUCUGCAGGUAGUUCCGUGGGAGGUGUCAUCUAUCCCGUCAUCAUGCAACAACUGGUUGAAAAGGCAGGCUUCCCCUGGGCUGUCCGGGUCCUCGCCUUCGUCUCACUUGUGACGUUGGCGGUGCCAUUCACCCUCAUGCGGGUUCGGUUCAAGCCGGCCAAGGCCCGCGCCAUGAUCGACUGGACGGCAUUCCAGGAUCUUCCUUUCCUGUGGUUCGCCUUGGCAACAGCCAUUGCAUUCAUGGGGUUGACUGGCUACCAAAUUUUGUUUGCUUUCUACGCCAAGGAGCAGGGCAUCACUUCAACAGCGUUUGCCUUUAAUCUUGUCUCCAUCUACAACGCCAUGUCUACCGUGGGACGCAUUGUACCUAAUGCCAUCUCAGAUAAGAUUGGCCAGUUCAACGUCCUCGCACCUGCGGUUUUACUCACCGGCGCGGUUUACCUCUGUACCAUGGCCACGCAUACGCAGGGAGUCAUGAUUGGAAUCACCUUGCUUGCUGGGUUUUUCCUUGGUGUUCUCACUGCCAUGCCGCCGGUGUGCUUGGCCGUGCUUACCAAGGACAAGUCCAAGAUUGGGACGAGAAUUGGCACUGGUUUUGCCAUUAUUUCGCUUGGCACGCUUACUGGUGGCCCGGCGUCCGGUGCAAUUGUGCAGCGAAGUCAUCCUUUGGCGUGGACGGCAGUUUGGUCGUUUACCGGAGCUUGCAUGUUGGUUGCAGGUUCAAUGUACGCUGCUCUCCGAGUCGCGAGGUCUGGAUGGAAACCACUUGUCAAGGCGUAG